UGUCAAAAGUCAAAAGCUUUUUCAGCAAUCAGCAUUUAUUUUAACAUUUUUAUUUAAAGUGCCGGUUAGAAAUAAACAAUGGAGGGUUUUAUUGAAGUUAAUGAAAUAUCUGAUUUCGUAUCAUACAUACGUAGUAUUGAAUGGCGUGAUCCUUGGCUCAUAGCGCUGCUGUCUUUUCACAUCCUGGUCACAUUUACAUGCUUUUCAACACGGAAUUAUGGAAAUUUUCAAGUUAUUCUAUUUAUAACACUAUUACUAUUGGUGUAUUUCUCGGAGAACAUAAACGAAGUGGCUGCAAGGAAUUGGACGUUGUUCUCUCGACAGCAGUACUUUGACAGCAAAGGCCUUUUCAUUUCAGUCGUGUUCUCGAUCCCAAUACUGCUCAACUGUAUGAUAAUGGUGGGAUCAUGGCUGUAUCAAUCAACACAAAUCAUGACUAACUUAAAGAAGGCACAGUUACGACAACGUCUCAAAGAAUUGAAUAUGCACAGGGAACAGCAACAGAAAAUGAUGAAGACAGAGUAAGAUAAGUCAAUUAAAGAUAAUACAGUCGAACCUGGAUAAGCGAGAGUGGUUUCUCGCUAAUGGAGGUCGUCCGUCGGGACCGGACACUGACUCUCGCUUUUAGAGGUUUCUCUCUUAUCCAGGUUCGACUGUAUUAAUGCUAACCAUACCGCUCGGUACAUUGUGAUAUACAACGCAAAUUUCCUGAUAAUAAUAACGAUGCCUUUACAAAAAUUAUUCGUGUUUAGAUUGUAAUAAUCAGGUUUUGUGCAAAUCUUGCCAAUAGACGUCAUAUAAAUUUAAAAUGUGUCUUGUUGAAUGGCAAGUGGCUAUUGUAUACUGAACUUGUACGCAUGAGUUUAACUUUGUAUUUAAUUACCAGUCUAAAGGUGGAUAACUGAAUCUAACAUUAACGCAGUGACUUGCUUUUUGACUAAACAUACUUUAUUAAAUAUCAUGACUCGACUGGGUUAUUGGAAAAUUUCUGGAUUUAGAGUACAUUGCAAUAAAUUAUACAAACAAGUCAUGUAGAUAAUUAACAAGUAGCAUCAAACACAUUGAGACAUCGGAAAUGUCAAUAUUGCGAAAGAAAAAAAAAAUUAUUCAAUUAAUUUUGCCUUCAAAAUAUUCACGAUUAAAGGAAAUCCCAUUUAAAAUAAUAUCAUGUGAAGAUUUGUAAAUGUAAUUUUUAAUAACAGUAGAAUAUUUAAAUAAUAAUCCAAAGUUCACACGAACAAGGUCAAUAGAACACAGCCUUGCUAAACCGGUUUCGCCAACAUUUACACAAAUACAGAUGCAAAAAAAAAACAACAAAAAAAUAUAACUCGUUGUCUCUGUCUUUUCAAAGAGUAUGUAAGCGAUGACAUAAUGUGUCAAUACAAGUUUUACUUCAAUCGAAACCAACAACAAUAAAGUUGUAAUUAAGGUUGCAUUGUAUGUAUUUAAAAUCUAUUCGUGUUCCCUACAUAUCAACUUUUACUUGAUUUUUUUUUAAAAUCUUAUAUUGGAAUUAGAAACAUUUAGCAAUUAUCUGAAUUGCCUUGACAUUGAGACCGAUUAAAUAGAUAAAAAAAAUCGUGCAAGUUAACAUGUGCUUAUACUAGUCAAUACACAAAAAAAAUAUCGUACUCGUCAUAGAAGAGUUGUCAUUUAGAGGGUAGACAGAGACUUAUAUUUUGCAUAUACAUUUUAAUAAAUUGCUUCUUUUAUCUCCAUAGACGCAUUGUAUACCUAAUAUUUUACAACGUCUCAUUAUUAAACAAUAGAAAAAUUAAAUAUAAAUGCCAU